AUGGCGAGAGCCGCUUGGAACCUCCCGAAAGAAGCUGAAGUUACCACGUCUCUGUUGGAUGUGAUGUCAGAAGAAUUGGCGCAGGAUCUUCACGAAAAAGAAUUGCAACGGAAGAUUGAGGGAAACCUAGAUGCCUUUGCCAUCCCACCUGACAAAGGGGAGUUCGAUGUUUCGAAUGACGAGUUGCUUGCGAGGAUACUUCAAAGGGAACUCGAUCGAGAAUAUGACACCCAGCUAAACCGACAAGAAGCGAAAUAUAAUGGAAACUCGAAAGUGAGCGUUUCAUUUGCGAACUAUCGCCGUUGCGACGAUGACGUGGAGUCUGAAAGUUCUGAAGACGACGCAGAUCCCAUUUUCUGGGAUACUUUUGAGAGCAACGACAAAACCGCCGUGAAACCUGGACGAUGUGGCUAUGUCCGGAGCAACGAUGGAAUGAUGAAAACCAAGCAUGACAGCGAAACUUGUUCCCGCAACAAUGCAAAGCGAGUCAUGGCGUUUCCUCCCGAUUUCAACACUGGAGAUGCCGGAGGCUUUGACAUGCAGCUACCAAACCAUGUAUUCAAUUCCUUGAAGUUACAUUCUCAACAAGAAGCUGGCCGAAGAGCCCGACUCCACGAGAAAAAGGACAAAUCCACAGCGGUGGCUGCAGUUGAUGAGAAGACUCGGUUGCAGCUUUUCAAGUGGAUCAACGCUGGCGUUUUGGAUGCUGUUCACGGCAUUGUGAGCACAGGGAAGGAAGCCGUCGUGCUUCAUGCCAAGGGUGGAGCUGCAGAAACUGAAGAUCCGGUCUACAUCGGGAUUCCGGAUGAAUGUGCGAUCAAGGUUUUCAAAACAACGUUGAAUGAAUAUAAAACGCGGGACAAGUACAUUCGUGAUGAUCAUCGUUACAAGGACAAACUUUCGAAGCUGAACCCGCGAAAAAUUAUACACACUUGGGCCGAAAAGGAGUUACACAAUCUAACGCGCUUGCGAGCUGCUGGAGUAAGAUGUCCUAAACCCGUUACGUUGAAGAAACACGUCCUGCUGAUGGAGUUUCUGGGGAAGGACAACAUCCCCGCACCAAAAUUGAAGGACGCCAAUUUAACAGCAACAGAGUUGGCGUUUGCUUAUAAGCAGAUCGUAGAGGGUAUGGUGACGAUUUAUCGUGAUGCUGAACUCGUUCAUGCCGAUCUGUCAGAAUACAAUAUUUUAUGGCACAAGGGUAAUUGCUACUUCAUCGAUGUUAGCCAGGCUGUCAUCCGGACUGCACCGAAUGCUUUGAAGUUUUUGCACCGUGACUGCGGAAAUAUUGUCAACUUCUUCAACCGAAAUGGUCUCGACGGAAUAUUGACAGUACACGAACUUUUCCACGUCAUCACUGGUUUGCCACUCACGCACGAAGAGACUGAUAUUUACACUCAGAUUCAAGAUUACGAGAAGGACGAGAAUACGAUGCGCCAGGGAUGCUCUGUGACCGAAUACAACUUCGACUUUUUUUGGGAACGUUCUCGUAUCAAUUCUGCAUCUUGCCCUCUGAGAAAGCUUCAAGAAGUAGAAGAACCGUGCCGUUCUUUGGAAUCGAUGAAUGACCCUCUCCUGGAAGUUCCUUUGAAUGUUUGACGUGAUACCCGCCAAACCCCCCCCCCAAUUCGUGAUUCUUAACAGAUCGUCGUUGGAAAUUCCGUUAUUGCUGAAAAUAAAAGUCUCAAAGUUGCACGAAGCCAAA